AAUACUAAUCUUCCUCUUCUCUCAAUCUUCCUUCUUCAAUGAUCUUCUUCUUGUAGUCCAGAUUUUUCUUCUCUGUUUCUCUGUGAUUUUUUUCUUCAAUUGUCAUCCAUGGCGGUCGAUUUGAUGAGUUUUCCAAAGAUGGAUGACCAGAUGGCCAUACAGGAAGCGGCAUCGCAAGGAUUGAAGAGUAUGGAGCAUCUGAUUCGUCUUCUUUCUCACAAGCAAUCUUCAAAUCACGUCGAUUGCUCUGACCUAACGGACGCCACCGUUUCGAAGUUCAAGAAGGUGAUCUCCCUCCUCAAUCGGACCGGCCACGCCCGCUUCCGGCGAGGUCCGGUUUCUUCUACCUCUUCUUCAUCCUCCGGUUCAUCUGCUCAUCUAUCUGUACCUCAAAAUCACGCGAUGAAUCUCACUCCCACUCCGUUUACUUCUCCGACAACUGUGCCUCCUGCGCCGUUCGCAGCUCCGGCGACCAUCGCUCAGCCGCAGGCGAAAGUUGCUGCGGCGGCGAACUUCAUCCAGCCCCAGCAUCAGAGUAUGACUCUCGAUUUCACGAGGCCGAAUAUUUUGAACUCUAAUCCUAAGGGAACGGAGUUGGAAUUUUCCAAGGAGACAUUCAGUGUCUCGUCGAGCUCUUCGUUUAUGUCCUCUGCCAUCACCGGAGACGGCAGCGUGUCCAACGGAAAGUUAGGAACGUCGAUCUUCCUGGCACCGGCGCCGACUGCCUCCGGAGGAAAGCCUCCUCUAUCGGCGGCUCCGUACAAGAAGAGGUGUCACGAACACGAUCACUCUGAAGACAUGUCCGGAAAAUUCUCCGGCUCUUCCUCUGCCUCCGGCAAGUGCCAUUGCUCCAAGAGAAGGAAAAAUCGGAUGAAGAAGACGAUCCGAGUCCCGGCGAUUAGUUCAAAAAUCGCCGAUAUUCCACCGGACGAGUAUUCGUGGAGGAAGUACGGUCAGAAGCCGAUCAAGGGAUCUCCAUACCCACGGGGAUAUUACAAGUGUAGCACGAUGAGGGGAUGUCCGGCGAGGAAACACGUGGAGAGAGAUCCGAACGAUCCGGCGAUGCUGAUCGUAACGUACGAAGGGGAGCACCGCCACACGCCGAGCGCGUUGCCGGAGAAUAUGGCCGCCGGAGUAGCUUUAGUUUUUGAGUCAACUUGAAGCUAGAAAAUAAAUUUAAGGAAAGGGGAAAAAAAGAAAAAGAAAAAGUGGGGCCAGCGAGGAAAGAGGGAAAAAGAAAAGGGAUAUUUGAAUUUUGACUUCGUGUUAUCUUCAAGAUGCUUGUACAUUAGAAGAAAAAAAAAAGAAAUUCAAAAAUUUCAGAAAAAAGAAUCAAAUGGCAGAAAGAAUCCUCAAAUCUGCCGAGCGCGUGUUUAUCGGAGUCGAAUAUAUUUAAUUGAAUUAAUUACUGUUGGUCCUA